AUGACCUCUUCAAAAGUUCAACUCGCUUUUUCAGUCAUCGCUUUCACCAUCUGUUUCUUGACACUACCCGCUGAAAUGACCACAACAAAUGAGGCUAUUUGCAACUCCACUUGCAGCGGCGUAGGUCCGUUUACCAACGUUGUCGAAUGUUGUCUCUACAUCGGCUCUCUAACCGGCUAUCCGUAUUAUACCGGCUUUUGCUCGUUUGACCACAAAGCCUAUUGUGUUGACGAUAAU